AUGGCUGAUUCAGAACAAAAGGCCGAUGUUCGUGCAACUGCACCAGUUGCACCCGUUACCUUUUUCAAGAAGCGCGGUGAUAAGAACAAAGCAAACCUACGAAAGCGAAAGUCGACACCUCCACCCCCCAGCGACAGCGAUGACUCGGAUUUUUCGUCUUCCGAAGAUGAAACAGGUCAGCGGGUCAAGAGAAGAAAACGCAACACUGGAGUGAUAGUUGCAUCUUCCAAGGACCAUGCAGUGACCGAGCGCGACGAUUUCCCCACCACCGUUUACGAGGCCGACCGUGAGGUUUCUCUCGACACAACCAAACGCGAUGCCACCAAGCAUAGCAAUUGGUAUGACGAGGACACAGAUCCAAUUCUUUCUGCAAAGAAUCUCCUCGGUUCUACGAGAGCAAUGCAAAACAAGCGGCAGCAACAUCCUGAGGAGACCAAGACCUCUGGGCCUCAGCGGACAGUUGGGCCAGUCAAGGCUCCAACAAACAUACGCACCAUCACCAUCACAGACAUGGCACCAGAUGUUUGCAAGGACUACAAGCAAACAGGAUUUUGCGGAUUCGGUGACACAUGCAAGUUUCUCCACGCCCGCGAAGACUAUGCCUACGGGUGGCAGCUUGAUAAGGAAUGGGAGAACGUGACCAAGGGUAAAAAGGUUCUCGGGGGUACGAUUGUGGCUAGCGUAGAUCGUAAAACGGGAGGUACAGCCAAUGAAGAUGGAAGAGACGAGGAUGAGGAAGAAGCAAGACUGCUGGAGAGCAUACCCUUUGCUUGCUUCAUAUGCAAGGGUCCUUAUCAAUCACCUAUUGUGACACGAUGCGGACAUUACUUUUGCGAGGAGUGUGCGUUAAGGAGGUACCGGAAGGACCCCAGUUGCGCUGCGUGUGGUGCUGGCACAAAUGGAGUUUUCAAUGCAGCCAAAAGGUUGCAAAAACUGUUAGAGAAGAAGAGAGAGCGAGAGAAACGUAAGAGGCAAGAAGCAAGAGAAGCGGGAGAGGAGGUUAGUGAUGAAGAGGAAGACGAAGAUUAA